AUGUGUUGUAAGAGGAAAGAGAAUCUAUUAAGAAGCAAUGUUAAGCAAUCAAACCAGGUGAUUAUAGUGUUGAACUCAAUACCUGCAACGGCUAUUGAAGAUAUAAACAUGAAUAAUGCAACAGAAGAAGCUAGUGAAAGUUACACACCUCAUAAGGAUAACUAUACUCAACAAGCAUCACCAAGGAGUACACUAAGUCCAAGAAGUACUCAAAGCGAUUCAAUUGAUUUAGCUAUUGAUGGUGUUGUGGAUACUUCAAUUGAACAAUUGUAUACCAAUGUUUAUGAAAUGAGAAGCUCUGAUCAAUCACCUUCAAGGGCUAGUUUUUACUCAUAUGGCGAAGAAUCAAGGAUUGAUUCUGAAUUGGGUCAUCUUGUCGGAAAUAUUGUUGACUUGGAGAUUACGAAAGAGGUUGUAACAGAAAAUAAGGAGGAUUCCAUUUCCAAUGUCAAUGCUAUUGAGGAAGUUAUUGUUUCAUCAAGCACAGGGAUCGGUGAAGGAUCGGCUAAGGCAUCUGGGAAGAGUCGAAGUUUGCGUAACAGGAAUGAGAAGGGAACUAGAAAAGGAAAUGGAUUUUACAAUAUGACGAGGAAGCAUAGGAGGCUUGGUUUGAAAGACAGUGUUGUUGACGAGUUAGAUAAUCCUGAUCUCGGACCGUUCUUAUUGAAGAUAACGAGAGAUAUGAUAUCUUCGGGUGAGAAUCCAAACAAGGCUCUUGGUUUGGCUCAUAGAGCCUUGAAAUCAUUUGAGAUAUGUAAUGCAGAUGGUAAACCAAGUUUGGAGUUGGUGAUGUGUCUUCAUGUUUUGGCAACAAUUUACUGUAAUUUAGGACAAUACAACGAGGCUAUACCGAUUCUCGAGCGUUCGAUCGAUGUUCCUGUUUUAGAGGACGGUCAAGAUCAUGCACUAGCUAAGUUUGCAGGGUGUAUGCAAUUAGGUGAUACUUAUGCAAUGAUGGGAAAUAUUGAGAAUUCUCUACUGUUUUAUACAGCAGGACUUGAGAUUCAAGGGCAGGUCUUGGGGGAAACUGAUCCUCGAUUCGGCGAGACAUGUCGGUAUGUAGCCGAGGCACAUGUUCAAGCACUGCAAUUUGAUGAGGCUAGGAGGCUAUGUCAAAUGGCUCUUGAUAUUCACAAGGGAAACGGUUUGCCUGCUUCAUUUGAAGAAGCAGCCGAUCGGAGACUAAUGGGACUAAUCUGUGACUCAAAAGGUGAUUAUGAAAGUGCUCUAGAGCAUUAUGUUUUGGCAAGUAUGGUUAUGGCGGAAAAUCGCCAGGAACUAGAUGUUGCGUCUGUUGAUUGCAGCAUAGGCGAUGCUUAUUUGUCAUUGGCGCGAUAUGAUGAAGCCGUUUUUUCUUAUCAGAAAGCAUUAACCGUUUUCAAAUCAACCAAAGGAGAGAAUCAUCCAACAGUUGCCUCUGUUUUUGUAAGGUUAGCCGAUUUAUACAACAAAAUAGGAAAGUUCAAGGAAUCAAAAACUUAUUGUGAAAACGCGCUUCGAAUUUUCGGGAAGAAAAAUCCAGGAAUUCCUCUAGAAGAGAUUGCUAAUGGUUUGAUAGAUGUUGCUGCAAUUUAUCAAUCUAUGAAUGAUUUGGAAAAAGGAUUGAAGUUACUCAAAAAAGCAUUGAAAAUAUAUAACAAUGUUCCUGGUCAACAAAGUACUACUGCUGGAAUUGAGGCACAAAUGGGAGUUACGUAUUAUAUGUUAGGGAAUUAUUCUGAUUCUUAUAACAUUUUUAAGAGUUCUGUUGCAAAAUUUCGCGCUAGCGGAGAGAAGAAAUCCGCAUUGUUUGGAAUUGCAUUGAAUCAAAUGGGUCUUGCUUGUGUCCAAAGGUAUGCUAUAAAUGAAGCUGCAGAUUUGUUUGAAGAGGCUAGAACUAUAUUAGAAAAAGAGUAUGGCCCUUAUCAUCAAGAUACAUUAGGAGUCUAUAGCAAUCUUGCAGGCACCUAUGAUGCAAUGGGAAGAGUGGAUGAUGCCAUUGAAAUGCUGGAAUAUGUAGUUGGCAUGAGAGAAGAGAAACUUGGAACGGCAAACCCUGAUGUCGACGAUGAGAAACGUAGGUUGGCCGAGUUGUUAAAAGAAGCAGGAAGAGCGAGAAACCGAAGGUCGAAAAGAUCAUUGGAAACACUUCUUGAUUCAAACUCUCAGGUUAUGAAAAACAAUGGCAUUAAGGUCCUAUGA